AUGGACAUAUAUACAAGCAUUUCGGAUUACAAGAUACCCAUUCGUAUCAUCAACUUGCCAUGCUCAAAUACGGAAUAUCGUCCCAUCCUUCAGCAUUUCAUAUCAAAUGAGGAUAAUUUCAUCAAAACAGUUCAAUCGUAUUUCCGUGUUCCAUCUGAUACGAAUCUGAAAAUUCGUUUACAAUUGAAAGAUGGCACAUUAGAAGAUUUGGAUUAUAAAUGGGAAAUAAGGAUUUUAUCAUACUUCAAGAAAAUGCUUGAAAUGGAGCGAGUUUUAUGGUGUUUGUCAACCUUGGGUGGAGCAUACUCUGCUAUGGGCGAUUACGAUAAAGACUAUGCUGAGACAGCAGCCCAAAUAUCGAAAAAUCAGUUAGCAUUGGCAUUAGAGAUUGGUGAUAUAGCUCUGGUUGCAAGAUGCCAUUUGUAUUUAGCAUUGAGUGAUGCUCAACGAGGUCUUCAUCGAAAAGCCGUCAAUACUGUCAAAAUGAUUUAUCAUUGGGCAAACAUCAAUUCUGAAGAUCUGGUUAUACGUUGCUCUACCGGAGUGUUCAACAAGAUUGUUUCCAUCCGAAUGAAUAUGAUGAAACAUACUACUAAGUGUUGUGAAUAA